AUGAAAGACCUCGGCAAGCUCCAAUUGGUCUGCUGGUUGCUGGGCGUGGCUUUGACGAUCCCGGGCGUGGCCAUCCACAGCUCCGUGCAACAGACCAGAUCGGUUCAGCCGCCUCCACCCGCCGACCCCUGCUACGAUGACUCGGGCGUCGCCCGGCGCUGCAUCCCGGAGUUCGUGAACGCGGCGUUCGGACAGGACGUGGUCGUGUCCAGUUCCUGCGGACGCGGCGGCUGUGACCCCGCCCACUUGACUGACCUGAACUCCGCCCACAACGUCACGUGCUGGCAGUCAGAGACAUCGCGGGCGACGCCCUUUAACGUGACGCUGACGCUCCCGCUGGAGAAGAAGUUCGAGGUGACGUACGUGAGCGUGCAGUUCUGCUCGGAGAAGCCCGACUCCAUGGUCAUCUAUAAGAGCAUGGACUACGGGCGCACGUGGUCGCCCUUCCAGUUCUACUCGUCCCAGUGCCGCCGGGUUUACGACCGCCCCAGCCGCGCCCUGCUCACCAAACUCAACGAGCAGGAACCGCUGUGCACGGAGCCGUCCGCGGGUGAUGACAUCAGCGAUGACAUCAUCGUGUUCAGCACGUUAGAAGGCCGCCCGUCUGGGAAGAACUUCGACUCCAGUCCCGUGCUCCAGGACUGGGUCACCGCCACCGACAUCCGCGUCGUCUUCCAUCGCCCCAAAUCCACCAGAGACUCCGCCUACUCCUACGCGGUGUCAGAUCUGCAGGUGGGCGGCAGGUGCAAAUGCAACGGCCACGCCCACAGGUGUGUGAGGGAUAAAGACAGGAAGAUGGUGUGCGACUGCAAGCACAAUACCGAGGGAGCCGAGUGCGACCGCUGCAAACCCUUCCACUACGACCGGCCGUGGCAGCGAGCUACAGCCAAGGAGGCCAACGAGUGCCUACCGUGUAACUGUAACCUCCACGCCCGGAGGUGCAGGUUCAACAUGGAGCUGUAUAAGUUAUCAGGACGGAGGAGUGGAGGCGUGUGUAUGAACUGCAGACACAACACGGCCGGACGCCACUGUCACUACUGCAGGGAGGGUUACUACAGGGACAUGAGCCGCCCAAUCACACACCGAAAAGCCUGCAGAGCCUGUGACUGCCACCCGGUGGGUGCUGCAGGUAAGACGUGUAACCAGACGUCGGGUCAGUGCCAGUGUAAGGACGGAGUGACCGGACUCACCUGUAAUCGCUGCGCUAAAGGAUUCCAGCAGAGCCGCUCACCUGUCGCCCCCUGUAUCAAGAUUCCAGUUAUACAUCCAACAUCAGUGGUGACGAGUACUGAGGGUCCUGCAGGUAAACACACACACACACACCUGUCGUGUUGUGUGUCCUCAGAUUGCGAGUCGUACUGUAAACCCUCCAAAGGGAACCUGAAGAUCAACAUGAAGAAGUACUGCAAGAAGGAUUACGCCGUGCUGGUGAGCGUGCUGGACAUGGAGACGCUGGGCGACUGGGCCAGGUUCUCCGUCAGCCUGGUGUCGGUGUAUAAAAGCCGAGAAGCUCUGAAGCGAGGGGAGAACAUGCUGUGGGUCAACAUGAAGGACCUGGCCUGCAAGUGCCCGCGCAUCCACAUGGGAAAACGCUUCCUCGUCCUGGGCUCCGGACCGGACCGGGGCGCGGCCGGCGCGGAGCGGGCGGGGCUCGUCGCCGAUAAGAACAGCCUGGUCAUUCAGUGGAGGGACGUCUGGACCCGACGCCUGCGCAAGUUCCAGCGCAAGGAGAAGAAGGGCAAGUGCAGCAAUGCAUGA